AGGAAGGCAGCCAUGGCUCGUCUCUGCUGGGCCUGUGCUAUUAUAGACCCUCCAAUCAGCUGCUUUGUGUGCGUUCAAAACCUCCGUUCAAACCGCUGUCAGCUGAGCUGGCGGCUUCCUCACGCCUGCCAUGAGGCUCAUGUGUCAUGUUGUGGGAGAGAAGUAGAGAAAGAGACACAACAGUCGAUAUAGUGACUUAGAAGAAGAGGGAGAGAGAGAGACAGUUAGCAGUGGAUGCAAAUUGACUGUUAGAGAUAGAGAGAGAUAGAAGUUGAUAUACCGGUAUAAGGACCAAGGGAGACACACAGCAGACAACCACUAUAGAUUUUAUUAGAAAGAGUGAGAGAGAGAAAAGUGGAUACGCAUAGUGACUAUUCGAAGGAGAGGAACUCAACAGCAAGAGAAUCAUCACGGCAGUAGAUUGAUUUAGUGGCUAGUAAGAGGCUGCUAUUGUUAUUGUCCUCCCCGGACUGGACUGGACGUCUUGUCUUCAGCAAUAACAUUGUCGUCAGCAUCAGCAGCUAACAGCAUCAUGUGUUCUCCCAGGAAAACCAAAACCACCUCCUCUGCAACCACCAGGUGGCGCUGUAAAUGCAUCAGGAACCUGGAGCCCAGCAUGAAGAAGGCGAGCAGGCCUCCCGCUGCAGCCUCCAAGGCAGCAGGGGGCGCUAAUAAGGCUCAGCAGACGGAGAAGACCAAAGCCGAGGGUGCUGCCGCUACCAACACCACCACCACCACCACCAACACCAACACCAACACCACCUCCACCUCCUCCGCCAGCACCAACAGCAUGGGCACUGGGGGCAAGAGCACCACCAAGACCUCCGCUUCUGGAGCUCUGGCCAAGACGAGGAGCAGUGAUGACCUGUCGGCGGCGAGCACAGGAGCUUCAGGGGCCACCGCUGCGGGGCCCAACACUAGGGCCAGGAGUAAGACGGGUAGCGCCUCCAGCACCGGCACCAGUACUGCAGAACCCAAGGCCAAGAAUGCCUCAGCCUCCACAAGUAGACGCACGGGCUCCUCCGUGUCCAAAGAGUCGGGCUCGUCCCGUGAGAGCCUAAGGGACCGCUCCUCCAGAACCUCCUCUUCCUCCAAGAAGGCCUCCUCUUCCUCUGGCCUGUCCGACCCGGCCACCAGCAAACGCUCGCGCUGCCGCACGCUGGCCGAGUCGGAGUCUGACGGCCACCGCAUGAACAAAUCGCGCUCGGAGGGCCAGAUCAGCCAGAAGACCAUCCUGGAGGCACGGGUCAAGGACCUGCUGGGGCUGGCCAAGACUAAGGACGUGGAGAUCCUGCAGCUGAGGGCCGACCUGCUCCACAUGCGCACACAGCUGGGCCUGGUGGAGCCCGACCCAGACCCCCAUGGUGCAGGUUGUCUUGGUGGAGGAGAGGAAGCCCAGUUGGCCAAGCCUGCUCAAGCCCCGGAGAGGGAGAGGGAGAGGGAGCCAUCGACGCCCAUCAGCGCGGCCGACGUGGAGUCCACCCUGCUCCUACUGCAGGACCAGAAUCAGGGCAUCCGCGGGGAACUCAACCUGCUGAAGAACGAGAACCGCAUGCUGAAGGACCGUCUGAACGCGCUGGGCUUCUCCCUGGAGCAGCGGCUGGACAGCCCGGAUAAGGGCCUGCGCUGCGCCUCGCUCUCCCCGGAGCCCCUCCUGGUGGGCAGCAGCAGCAGCUGCCCCGGCACCCGGGCCUCGUCGGCAGAAGCCCUCGUCUCGGCCUCGGCCUGCGCCUCAGCCCAGGGCUCCACGGAGGACCUUCUGGGAGUGGACCCCCACCACCACCACCGGCAUCACCUGCGUCCCCUGUCCCCAGAGGCGGCCGACAGCGAAUGCAGCGAAGCCUACCAGCCCGUGGUGACCUCCAGCGACGACGCCCUGGACGCGCGCUCCGGCUCCGGCUCCUCGUCGGAGUCGGAGAGCUGCGGUGGCGGCCCCCUGUCCUGCUCGUCGCCGUCGUCACGGUCGCGGCGCGGCAGCAGCGGAGAGGGCAGCGAGGUGUCGGUCGCCUGCCUGACGGAGCGCAUCCACCAGAUGGAGGAGAACCAACACAGCACCGCAGAGGAACUGCAGGCCACGCUACAGGAGCUGGCAGACCUGCAGCAAAUCGCCCAGGAGCUGAGUGCUGAGAACGAGAGGCUUGGAGAAGAGAGAGCUCUGCUGGUGGACUCACUUUGUCAACAGGGGGAGCGUCUGGAGCUGUACGGCCGGCAGCUGGAGCUGUUCCGCGGGCUACUGGACGAGCAUCGAGUGCCCUACGCCUCCAGCACCGGAGAUCAGGACCUAGACCAGGCCCACAAGAGUGGCAGGUAUGUGGAGCUGGAGCGUCGGUAUGGGGAGCUGUGUGAGGGGGCGCGGUGCGAGCGGGAGCAGCUCCUGGGGGUACAGCAGCAGCUGAGCGGGGCCCUCAAGAUGGCAGAACAGGAGAACGUGGAGGCACAGGGGCUGGUGUCCGCGCUCAAGGAGCGCGUGCAGAAGGCGGAACGCGUGGCCGAUGUGGAGAGGAGAGAGAGGGAGGUGGCCGGCCGGGAACUGGAGGCCCUCAGAGCAACGUCUGGAGGAGAACAGGCGGAGCUGGCGCGGUGCCGUGCCCAGCUGGAGACGGAGCGUCAGCGUGUGGCCCAGCUGCUGGUGCUGCACGGCGCCGGAGAGAAGAGCGACAUACGCCACCUGCUGGACAGCGAGCGCCAAGAGAAGGAGAGAGCAGAGGGCCGCGCCGCGCAGCUGCAGGACGAGCUGGGACACACACGCAGCCAGGCAGCCCAGCUACGAGACGCCAUCAGCAAGCUGGAGAGUGAGUUUGGCUCGUUCCGUGCGGAGGUGCAACAGGAGCUGGGGGAGCAGAAGCGCGCGCUGGAGGAGCAGAGGGCGGAGCUGCAGGAGAAGGAGGCGGAGCUUGGGCAGAUGAAGGACACCAUCUUCGAACUGGAGGAUGAGGUGGAGCAGCACCGCGCCGUCAAACUGCACGACAACCUCAUCAUCACCGACCUUGAGAAUACACUCAAGAAGCUAACAAACCAAAAAUAUGACAUGGACAAGGAGAUCAAAAUUCUCAAUCGCAAAUUGCGGGAGGAGUCAGCAGAGUGGCGUCAGUUCCAGGCGGACCUGCAGACGGCGGUGGUGAUCGCUAACGACAUCAAGUCGGAGGCGCAGGAGGAGAUCGGAGACCUAAGGCGCCGCCUGCUGGAGGCCCAGGACAAGAACGAGAAGAUGAUCAAGGAGCUGGAGGAAGUCAAGAACCGCAAGCAGGACGAGGAGCGUGGGCGCGUGUAUAACUACAUGAAUGCGGUGGAGCGGGAUCUGGCUGCCCUCCGGCAGGGUAUGGGCCUCAGUCGCCGCUCCUCCACCUCCUCCGAACCCUCGCCCACCGUCAAGACCCUCAUCAAGAGCUUCGACAACGCCUCCUCGCCAGCCCCCGCCCCAGCGGUGGUUCCUGCGGUGGCCGCGACGGCGGCCAUGACCCGUACUCCGCUGAGUCCCAGCCCUCUGAAGACGCCCCCCGCCGCCGCCGUCUCCCCCAUACAGCGACACGCUGCCAUGACGCCCAAACCCCUCUCCUCCCUGGUGGACAAGAGAUCAAGCUACUCAGACCUUACUAUGGCAGGAGACCACCUGCUCCGCACGUCUCCUGGCACGCGGCCACCGCUGCAGAGAGUUCCCACCAUGGACUCCUCCAAAUCCAUCUCAGUGUCUCGGCGCAGCAGCGAGGAGCUGAAGAGGGACCUGUCUGGUACCGACAGCCCUGGCUCCACCCCCCUCAUGACGUUAGGCCCCUCCUCUCCUCAGAUGUCACUCACAUCUGGCUCCUCCCCUACAGCGUCCGUCACCCCGACAACCAGAGGACGCUUAAGAGAGGAGAGGAAGGAUCCUCUGGCGGCUCUGUCCAGGGAGUACGGAGGCUCCAAGCGGAACGCGCUGCUCAAGUGGUGUCAGAAGAAGACUGAGGGAUACCAGAAUAUUGACAUCACUAACUUCAGUAGUAGUUGGAAUGAUGGCUUGGCCUUCUGUGCUGUCCUCCAUACAUACCUCCCAGCACACAUCCCCUACCAGGACCUCUCCAGCCAAGACAAGAGGAGGAACUUCACCCUGGCCUUCCAGGCUGCAGAGAGCGUGGGGAUCAAGUCCACACUGGACAUUGGUGAGAUGGUGAGCACAGAGAGGCCUGAUUGGCAGAGUGUCAUGACGUAUGUGACGGCCAUCUACAAGUACUUUGAAACCUGAAGAUCACUCCCUUCGCCCCUACCCCCAUCUACAAAUACUUCGACAUCUGAAGAUCACUCCCUUCCUGACCACCCCUGUCCCCCAAACCAAAACCCCUAGGACCUCCUCCACCACCACGUGCUCCACCUCCACCACCUCCUCCUCCACCACCACCUCCUCCUCCACCACCACCACCUCCACGUCUGCCUUAUGAAGUGAAAGUCCAACUGGCAAACUCCAACUCCCAUUGUCAUUGUGACACAGCACACAACGAAACUGCAUUCAUGCCUAUGCCUAUUCGGAUCCUUAAAGAUGCCCCCCCCCCUCAUCAUCAAGGCACAUUUUCCUCACAUGAAGAACUCUGAAGGACAAACGGGACGACACUACAGUGCAUUCCAAAUGGCUGGGCUUGGGAAGAAGGGGAGUUUCACUACACUAUAUCACAUUACAUUUUGCCGACGCUUUUUAUCCAAAGUGACUUACAGUUAUUUACAGGGGUACUGGUUACAGUCCCUGGAGCAGUGUGGGGUCAUGUGCCUUGUUCAAGGGCACUUCAGCCAAGGAUGGAGGUUUAGGGAGGACUGCUAAGGAUGGGGAUUUGAACCGGCAGCCAUCUGCUCUUAAGUCCGCCUCCCUGACCACUAGGCCACGGCUGCUUCAUUAACACAUUGUGCUGUUGCUGCCUCUCCUCAACUUGCCAUCACCCACUUCUUGCGCCAGUGAAGACGCUUUGGCCUUUUGGACAAAGUCGUCUCAAAGGGCCCCCCAGCCCCGAUUCAUACAAUGUAAUGAGGACCCGAUUCUGAGCCCCUCUCUCCCUGGGCCCAGGACAACUGUCCCCUUUGCCCUCACCCCCCUGUCAGCACCCCUGCCCACUUCCUGCGCCAGUGAAGAAGCUUUUGCACUUUUGCAGCUGCAUGCGCCUCACCUUACCCCAGGUGCACAAGCAGGGCUGCAGUGCACGCGUGUAACCUCACACACACACACACACACACACACACACACACACACACACACACACACACACACACACACACACACACACACACACACACACACACACACACACACA